AUGCGCGACACCGCGGCCGUCUCCAGCUCCAACACUGGCGCAGCCUUCUGCCUUCCAGUGCUCCCCGCGAUGUCGUUCCCGCAGGACAUCCCCAACGCCUCGUCCUCGCCGCGCUCCCUGAUCGCAGAUCGCGACGGCUCGCCCACGCGCUGCCGCAACGCCUCCGUCGACGGCGACCGCGCCUCCCACGUCCGCUACUCCCCGACCCUCACCCGCGGCUACAACCCCCUCGACCCCGACGUCCGCGAGCGCCAGCGCACACUUGACGUUGACAUGGCUCUCUACCUCUCCCUCGCCCGCCGUGAGUCCAUCUCCGCCUCCCCCGUUGCCACGGCCCUCUCCCCCCGCGACCGCGGCCACGACGAGCCCCGCCCCCAAGCCCCCGACACAUCCGCCGUCUUCCCCGGCCUCUCCCUCCACGAGGAGCCGGGAAAGGGCAGGUGA